CGAGCGCAGAUAAGAACAGAGGUUAGAUGGAACAUGGCUCUCUCCAGAGGUUUGAGAUGCUGUCAAAGGGUUUUCUCCUGGAUACCUGUCCUUAUAAUAACCUCCGUGGUGUUGUGGUCGUACUACGCCUACGUCUUUGAGCUAUGUCUUUUUACACUCACCAACACACUGGAAAAAGUGGCCUAUCUGAUUGUAUUUCAUAUUUGCUUUGUGAUGUUCUCCUGGACCUACUGGAAGUCCAUAUUUACCCCUCCUGCAUCACCAUGCAAAAAGUUUCAGCUGUCAUACUCAGACAAGCAGAGAUACGAGAUGGAGGAGAGGCCAGAUGUUCAGAAACAAAUCCUGGUUGAGAUUGCGAAGAAACUGCCCAUCUUCUCUCGAGCUCAGUCUGGAGCUAUCAGGUUCUGCGACCGCUGCCAGGUACUGAAGCCUGACCGCUGUCACCACUGCUCGGUCUGUGAAACAUGUGUCUUGAAGAUGGACCAUCACUGUCCCUGGGUGAACAACUGUGUGGGCUUUUCCAACUACAAGUUUUUCCUGCUUUUUCUCUCCUACUCCAUGCUGUACUGUGUAUUCAUUGCAGCAACAGUCUUUCAGUAUUUCCUCAAAUUCUGGGUGGGUGACUUGCCAAAUGGGCCUGCAAAGUUCCAUGUCCUCUUCCUCAUGUUUGUGGCGCUCAUGUUCUUCGUCAGUCUCAUGUUCCUCUUUGGCUACCACUGUUGGUUGGUGGCCAAGAACCGAUCCACUUUAGAGGCCUUCUCAGCUCCAGUAUUUGUCACUGGACCAGACAGAAAUGGCUUCAAUGUUGGCAUACGCAAAAACCUGCAGCAGGUGUUUGGAGAGAAUCGGAGGCUGUGGUUCAUCCCUGUCUUCUCAAGCCAAGGGAACGGCCACUACUUCCCCUUGAAGAAUCGGAGUUCUGAGUCCCACAACCCCUUAUUAGCUAAUGAGGACAUGUGGGAGGAGUCGGAUGAUGGCUCUGAGGAGGGAAGCCUGGUUGAGGACAGAGACCCAUCUGUUACCAUAGAGAUGGAGGAGGAGUAAUUUAAUGUAAGGACAAUUGAUGCUGGUACAGAGGAUGUACAUUAACAUCGCACACACUGUGUACCACCAGGCAAAUGCAUUCCAAAUCACCUGGAUGUUCAGACACUGACAAAAAUUCUGAAGGGGGCCAAACGUGUGGAUUAAAACCUGCAUUUGGACUGUCAUUGCCACUUUUACGCGUGUGUAUUACAUAAUGUUGAAUAGAGCAACUCAAUGGACAACCAGUAGCAUCACCUCUCCUCUGAAGGACAACACAGUAUCAGUUUGAUUCUGGAAAAAAAAACUUGUCAAAUAAUAUCUUGCAUACAAAAAGACAAGUGCUAUUUACCAUGGGUCGUUUUUCAUUGUCAGGCCGUGAGUUUACAGUGUUGCACCUUAGAGCUCGGUCUGUGCAGAGCGGUAUCUAAAUUGACACCCAUAAUGCUCCAGAGGUCUCCUGUAGUGAUUCAGUUGUCUGGCCUCUACCAGUUUGGGACAUGCAGCAUAUUAACAGAAGAUUUUACUUUUACUUUUUUCAAUGCACAUAAACAUAUUCUAAUACCUGACCUAACCUCCGCCUUAUUAAUAUGAUUAUUCUUGUGUUUGGGGAGUCUGUUUCUCCUGAGAAUGUAUCCAGCAACCCUGCUUGUGAAUACACUGUGCCAACAUUUUGGGCACCUAUUUACAAAAGAACCUCUCAUAUAUGCUUUUAAUGAAUACUUCACCCCCCAAAUGACCAUUUGUAUAUCAGUUAUUGGAACGUGUUAUGUUGGAUUCAUAAGAAAAUGUUGAAUUCAUUAAAAAAAAAGUCACGCAAUGACACAAACAAACUGAUCAGCUCCUGUUCUCAGCAAGGUAUAAUUUCUGUUUUUGUCAAUGGAGUCUUGAAUAGAGCAUAGAUACGUUUAACUUUAAGUUCAGUUCCCCGUUAGAAAGCUGAGCAUACAACUGGAUAAAUGAGACUUGAAUUAAACUGCACGAGUUGUGUGAGAGUUUGUAAACAGAUGCUUUUAUAUACUUUUGCUGUUGUUACACGUGGACCCCUAUGACUUCACUUCAUCAAGAAUUUUCUCAGUUUUUAAAUUCUUUGUUCACCGUGGAGGCAUGCAGGAAGAAAAAAAAAGGCUUCCCUAAUUCAACAUUACACAGAGCGAGUAUUUGAUACACAAAUGGUCAUUUUGUGGGUGGAUUCCUUUAACAGAGUACUUCAACGUUAUAUUGAGAUUGAGUUAAAAUGCCAUCAUUACCAGUGACAGUAAUGACAACAAAACUAGCAUACAUUGGCAGGUUCGCAGCUGCAGCUCAUUACGUUUGAAAUUAAUGCUGAAAUCUCAACUAGAGUAUUAAUGGCAAACUUAAUAUAAUGUUUAUCAUUUUUCAGUGGCGUCAUAUCCUAAAUAUAUACUGUAUAUCAUUAAUGAUGUUGGCUACAUGGGUGAUUGAAGAAAAUGCAGUUAUUAGUUUGGUUUUACGGUUUGGGAUGAAAAUAUGAGACAUACUGUGAUGAAUAUUUUUUAAAGAUUAUUAUCACAACCUUGUUUUCUACCAUAUCACUCAUCCCUAGCAUGAUAACACUUCUAAGUGGAUGCACAGGGAUAGGAAGGUGAAGUGAAAUGUCAUCAUAGGCACAAAUCAUUCAUAGGAGAAGACAUAGGUUCUUCUUCGUCUGUUUUCUUUUUUGAUCUUUUUAAACAUGCAGAUAACUGUACAUAUAUAUAUAUAUGAUGACUGAUCCUCAUCCACUGGUUGGUAGAGGUCAGCAAUCUUCUGCAAUAUGAUGUUCUGAAUUUUUUUCUACCUGCGUUUAUGUAUUUUGAAAUUUUUUAAUACCAAUGAAACAGAUCCUCCUCAUCGAGACUGGUUUAUGGACUUGUGUAUUUAGCCAGAGUAUUUAUUUAGUUGAAAACCAUUUCUGUGCGCUCGUUUAUGUAGUCUGAGUGAAAAGUUGAGCCUUCAUCAAACCUUUACGCUGUCUGAUCUCGACACUUUGACUUGCUCCAUCAGAUCUGUUUUUCUAUGUUGGGAAAGCCAAAUCAAAUGCUGCUUGUGUCUGAGAAAUACACAACAUACACAAGUCAUUAAUUAAUUCAAACUGUCCUUUUUAUCCGAGGUAUGAUUCAGUGUUUGGAAGCAUGUAUAAAACAUUAGGAAAGAUGUGGAUGUUGAGUGUCUCAUGUUGUCUAGUGUCUAUUUAUUGUUAUAAUCUUCAGCUUUUUUUUCUCCCUGUGUAUUGAGUUUGCUGAUUCAUAACUGCUGCAGGCAGUGUCUGUAUAUUUUGCUCCAUCAAGUGACACUUAAAAUAAACUAUUGAAGCAACGUGCUUUUAUCAAAUAGUAGGAUAUUUAUAACAUGAGAAGAUGACAAAUUAUAUCCAGUUUGCAGACAGGAGUUCAAUAUUGCUAGAGCACAUACAGUAUGGUCCCGUUUGAACUGUCUUUGGAGUAUGUGAUUGUGGCGCUUCCCUUUCUAAACACCUCGAAACCACCAAAAGUACUGAUGCCGUUUCAUUUGCUGUUCUGUCUUUUAACAAAUAUAAAUUCUUUAUUUUCCAUCAGUUGUUGUAACAUGCAAAAUAAAAUGACCCAAGUUGAACUC